GCUGGAGCCAGGGAUUUAAAAAAUGGAUGACAUUGUUGACCUUUGCUUCAUGGACUUUAAAGAAAUUGUUAAAACCCUAAUCAUAACUGGGAAUUCAUGGAGACUACAUGAAAUAAUUGACAGAUUCUUCAGGAGCAUAUCAGUUGUCAACAGGGAGUCUCUGGCUGAAAUACAGAAUAUUCAGAUUGAAGAAAUUGCAGUGAACCUGUGGAACUGGACAGUUACCAAGAGAAUAGAAUUGUCUGUGAAUGAAAGCCAGACAGCUAAAUUGUAUCAUAUUGCUUGUAAGCUGGUAUGUAUGUAUGGAAUCUCAGUUUCUUCAGAAGAAGCUAUUCAAAGACAGACUUUGAUGAAUAUGAAAACGGGAAAAGAAUGGUUGGAUACUGGAAAUGCUCCGAUUGCUGAUGAAUUUUUUCAAGCUGCCAUGGCUGGUCUGGAGAAAUUAUAUGUCAAGUUAAUACAGAGCUGCUACACUGAGGCCAACUUGACAAUGCAUAAGAUCAUUGUGGAGAAGGGUGUCUUCCAUGUGCUUUCUUUUCAAGCUGAGUCAGCUGUUGCUCAAGGGGAUUUUCAGAAAGCAUCUAUGUGCAUAUUACGUUGUAAAGAUAUGCUGAUGAGGCUCCCUGAAAUGACAGAAUAUCUUCAUGUACUCUGUUACAACCUUGGAGUAGAAACAGGCAAGCAGAAUAAAUGGAAAGAGAGUUCAUUCUGGCUUAGCCAAAGCUAUGAAAUUGGGAAGAUGGAUAAGGACUCUGUUGAACCAGAAAUGCUGGCUAAAGCUCUGCGAUUACUAGCCACUGUUUAUUUGGAUUGUGAUGAUGAAGAAUAUUAUAAUAAGGCCCUCAUUGCUGUACUCCUAGCAAACAAGGAGCAUUUAGAUCCAGCUGGGCUUUUCUUAAAGAUGAGAGUCCUCAUGAAAGGCAAAACAUGUAAUGGAGAACUCCUUGAAGCGGUCAUGGAAAUACUACAUCUUGCUAUGCCUUUGGAGUUCUGUCUGAGCAUUACUCAAUUCCUGAUUGAUAAUAAAAGAGAUUCUGUUGGUUGUUUUCUGAGGAUCAUCUCUGAUCAUUUUAAGUUGGCAGAAGAUAGUAGGAAAGUUCUAUUGUUCUAUAUUGACAUACUUUUACAAAAAGAUCAAGACCUGAUGGCUGAAGAGAAGAUUAAAGAAAUCCUUAUAGGUCACCAAACAAGAAGUCAACUGACAAGAGAUUUAGUAAAUUGGUUACACAACAUUCUGUGGGGAAAAGCUACCAGAAGUUUUAAGGUACAAAAUUACACGGAUGCUUUACACUGGUACCGUUAUUCUCUGAAGUUGUAUGAAUGUGAUCAAGAGGAUCUGGAUUUGGUCAAGCUGAAGAGGAACAUGGCUUCCUGUUACUUACAUUUGAAACAACUUGAUAAGGCUAAAGAGGCAGUAACAGAAGUUGAGCAACAGGAUCCUACAAACAUAUUCACUCAAUUUUACAUAUUCAAGAUUGCAGUCAUGGAGGGCAACUCUGACAGAGCUUUACAGGUAGUCGGUACUUUAAAGAAAUUAUUAAUAGAUGAAAAACUGGAUAAUGAUGGUCUAUUUGAAAGUGAAGUUUCACCUACCAAAAUCCUACGUUUGGCUAUACAGUUUGCUCUACAGAAUGGACAACAAUUUGUGGCAGGCAAAGCUUUGGAAUAUUUAUCUCAACUUUCAGAAGACCCAGAAGAAGUACUUGGAGCUUUAAAGUGUCUGGUUCGAAUUAUUCUUCCAGAAGUUUCUCAUAUGCCAGAAUCUGAAAAUAAAAAGAAAGUAAUGGAGAGACUUUUGACUUACUUGAAUACAGCACUCCUGAAAUUUUCUCAGUGUUUUGAUGAAGAUCCUUCAGCUUUGGAGUCUAGGGUUAAUGAUGCCAAUUGGUUCAGAAAAAUAGCUUGGAACUUAGCUCUGCAGUCUGAGAAGGAUCGAGAGACAAUGAAAAAAUUUUUUAUGGUUUCUUAUAAGCUGUCCCUUUUUUGUCCUUCUGAUCAAGGACUACUGAUUGCACAGAAAACAUGUUUACUUGUAGCAGCUGCAGUUGAUCUAGAGCAAGGAAGAAAAGCUUCAACAACUUACGAACAGGUAAUGUUACUGAGAAUGUCACUUGAGCAGACCCAGAAAUGCAAAAUUGUCUGGAAUCUCCUGAAACAAACAGGAGACUUUUCUGGUGAUGACUGUGGAGCAAUGCUUCUGUUGUAUGAGUUUGAAAUUAAAACCAAAACAAACGAUCCAUCACUGUACAGCUUCCUGGAGUCAGUAUGGAGAAUGCCUGAUAUAGAAAGCAGAACACUUGAAACAAUGGCGUUACUAGCUAUGGAUAAGCCUGCACACUAUCCUACUAUUGCACGGAAGGCCUUGAAAAAACUUUUAUUGAUCCACAAAAAGAAAGAGCCAAUUGACGUUUUGAAAUACAGUGAAUGCAUGCGCAACUUGAUUAACCUUUUGGUGUCAGAUGGAGUAUCAAAUACAGUUCUGUAUUCUCUGAAAGAAAUUUGGGGCCAUUUAAAAAGUGCUCUGAGUCUCAUUAGCCAAACUGAGGGCUACCCAGAAGAGGAGAUUCUCUGGCUAAUGAUCAAGUCUUGGAAUAUUGGAAUAUUGAUGUAUAGCAGGAACAAGUAUGUGUCUGCACAAAGAUGGGCUGGCCUGGCAUUGGAUUUCCUUGGCCACCUUGGCUCCCUCAAAACAAACUAUGAGGCUAAGGUGAAUCUUCUGUAUGUCAACCUCAUGGAAGCAUUAGAUAAAAGGUGGGAGUUAAGGUCUGCAGAGAUGGCUGAACGGUUAAGCACACUGGCUGCUUCUCCAGAGGACCCAGGUUCAGUUCCCAGCACCCAAACAGCAGCUCACAACCACCUGUAACUCCAGUCUCAGAGGUACCAGGUAUCUGAUGGUACUGGAUCCAUAUGUGAUCUCUUCUGGUCUCCAAGGGUACCAGGCAUGCACAUGGUGCAUGCACAUAAAAUAAAAAUAAUAUAUUUAAGAAGGAGUUCACUUUUCAGUGAAGAGGAUGCUGAUUGGAAGAGGCUGUAUAAAUAAGCAGGCUGGCUCAGAGCAUCUUGAAGGUAUAUCUUCAUGAGCUGUUGAAUAUUUUAGUUUUUGCCAUAUGUUUCCUUGAACUUUUUGUUCU